AUUCUCAACAAAACUAUCCUCAAUCAAACACAUCAGCAAUGCACCAAAAUUGCCAAAAUAAAUUUAUAAAAUACUAUUAAAUUUUUUUAUUAUUUAAAAUUAAAAUAUUUAUUUAAUUAUUUAUUAUUACGUAAAAAUUAUUAUUAAUUAAAAUUGUGAUUAAAAAAUGAAUAUAAAAUUUAUAUAAAAAUCUAAAUUGUGAAUAUUGUAAAAAAAAAAAUAGAAAAGAUUAAUUUAUCAAGUGAAUUUUAGUUUUUUUUUUUAAAUAAAAAGAUUUUUUAAAUUUAUUCAUCAAUCAAUUGUGAUAUUUGUAAGUUAAAUAUUUGUCUGAGCUUUUAAAUAAGCUUGUAAAUAACAAGUGUAAGUGUUUUGUUAAAUAAAAAAAAAAUAUUUAAGCACGUGUCGUUAACACACGACACGUGUGUAUAUUUUACAAAUAAAAUCAUUGGAAACGCGUGUCGGUCUUAUCACACUAAUUUAAUCGCAAAUAAGAAUAAAUUCUUGAUAUGUGUUUAAGUGGUAAAUUGAAUGGAUUAAUAGUGUAACAAAAAAAAAGGAUAAUAUUAAUUAAAAAUAACAAUAAAAAAAAGAAGAAUUGUUAAGAAUUAUUUUGUGAAAAAUUCCAAUUGGAUUUUGAUUAUUUUCAUUUUGUUUUUGUGUGUGUUUAAUUAAUUGAUAAUCAAUAUGAUGUAUUCAAUGGAUAAUUUGGAGUUGGAUAUGAUGAAUCGUCAUUAUAUUUAUGAUGCUCAUAGUUUUUUGGGCAAUCAAGUUAUUCCAACACUUCAAUCACAUUGUGUUACACCGACGGCAACGUCUCUUCCACCUUUGAUGACUGUGUCACAAAUAACAUCAUCACAUCCACCUGGUAGCACUGGUAGUUCAAAUUGCAGUGAACAUUAUCCUUUUGAUGAUAAUAGUAGUGAUGAUGAAAGUGUUUAUAGUAGUGAUAGAGAUAUUAGAACAAAUCGAGAUUCACAUUCACAAAGAAAAAGAAGUCAUGACUGUAUGGUUGAAGAUGAGGAUGGUACAUCAAUGAAAAGACCACGUCAAGCAGUUCAACAACGUCAAGCAGCAAAUUUACGUGAAAGACGUAGAAUGCAAAAUAUAAAUGAUGCAUUUGAAGGUUUACGUGCUCAUUUACCAACAUUACCAUAUGAAAAACGUUUAUCAAAAGUUGACACUCUAAGAUUAGCAAUUGGCUAUAUAACAUUUUUAACUGAACUUGUUAGAGCUGAUAAAGGAAAUGAUACAUUAAAUUCAAAUGGUACUGUAUCAAGAUGUUCUGGUCGUGAAAAUGCUGAAAAAAUUAUUGUACAUAGCUACGGUGGAAAUCCAUUUAUAUCACACUCAUUAUCAUGGUCAAGAAAAAGUGAUAUAUCAUCAAACGGAAUGAUGUUUGCAAAGGUAUGGACACCAGAAGAUCCAAGAGUAACAAAGCUAUUAACAAAUAAUAUUGAUAAACACAUUGAUACAAUUGAAUCAAAUAGUAAAAUACAAAAUAAUACAUGGACAUCAACAACAACAUCAACAAAUCAAAUAAAUGAUACAUUAAAAAGCAAUGAUAAUAAUUGUAAUGAUAAAUAUGAUAAUAAUGAUUUAUCAAUAAAAUCAUGGUCGUCAAAUGAUACCAUUGAGAAUGACAGUAUUGAUAUUAGCAAAGUAUGGUCACAUGAUAAUAAUAAUGUUAAAAUUGCUUUGACUAAAUAUGACAUAGAAAAACAUAUGACAAUUGAUUGUGUUGCUGUACAAUCAUAAAAAAUAUUUAUCAAAAAUUGAUUUGGAUCAUUUAAAAUAAGGCAGAAAUAUUAAUAUUCCAUGUGUUAUUUAGUUUUUAAGUUUUUCUGCCUAAAUUAAUUUGAAAAACGCUCGUUUUUUUUAAUACCAAAGAAAUAUAGGAAUUAAAUUUAUUUAUAUUUUACAUUUGAUUAAAUAAAAAAUAAAUUGUAUAAAUUAAUCAAUUGUUAGAUGAAUAAUAAAUUAAACAAGAAAAUAUUAUAAAUAAUUAAAUCCUAUAAAAUAACAUGUAAAUAAAAAAAAAUCAUGAGAUUAAAACUAGUCAUUUAUUAUAAUCGUAAUAAUUAAAAAGUAUUAAAAUAUUGCCAUAAAUUGAUGCAAUAAAAAAAAUUGAAAAUAAAUAAUAAAUAAUUUAUUAAUAAUGUAUUUUUUAUUUUUCACAAAUUUUUUUUUUUAAAAACAAUAAAAUAAUAAAUGAAUUUACAAA